AUGGUUUUAGCCCCUUUUACUGGUGUAGAUCAUCAUAAGUCUUGUAUUACAUUUGGUGUCGGUCUAUUAGCUAAGGAAGAUAGUGAAUCUUUUGAGUGGUACAAACAAGAUAAGCUCAAUGCUGAAUCACUCCACACAAACCCACAAUAUAAAACACCAUUGCCGAUUGAAAAACAUGCCGGUGAAGUCUAUACUAGAAAAAUAUUUUUUCUUUUUCAAAAUGAAGUUUAUAAGUCUUGUUUCAAAACUUAUAUUCAAAGUAUUGAAAAGAGUGAAAGUGUAGAAAGUAUAACUGUUUUGGACUCAACGGUAAGUAAGAUGUUUAAGGUGAAAUUUAUACUGGGAAGUUCGAUUGACGAGUUGAAGGUAGAUUGUGAUUGCAAGUUAUUUAAAAGGAUAGGAAUAUUAUGUUCCCAUGCGAUUUGUGUUAUGAGUGCAAGACAAAUAACACAAAUACCACAGCAAUAUGUUUUAGAUCGUUGGACGAAGCUAGCAUUAAAGAAGCCUAUUUUUGAAUUGCAUGGGAAUCUGAUUGAAGAGAGCAAAAAGUGUAACAACGUGGGAAAGUUGUUGGCGGAAGUUUCGUGUGAAAUAUACAAUUGUGUAGGUUUAGCUCAACGGAGUGAGAGUGGUUUACAAUCACUUUUACAAAACUUAAAAGAUAUUAGUAGAAAAUUGGAGGAAAGUGAUGAUGUGAGGGUGGACAUUACUAAAGAGCAACAAAUCGAAUUGUUAGUAGGCACAAGUUCAUCUUCGACAAUGGAAAUACAAAACCCAAUCCAAUCAAUGAACAAAGGAAAAAGGAACAGAAUAAUUGGGAAAAAGGAACAAAUUAUUGAGCAAAGCAAGAAGCCCAAAAGAAAGUGCAAAACUUGUGGUAAAUUUGAUUAUCAUGAUAGUCGAAAUUGCCCAUCAACAAAAGAUACCCCACUUAAGGAAAAUUGA